GAGCUGGGGAAAUGGAAACUUACCUCAUUGGCUGUCUUCAGUCACUAGGUGUAUCUUCACCCAGAGUGGACUUCUAAGGCCUGGAGGGAACUGGGACACCAAAACCUAUCUCAUCCUCUCACUUACAUCACUGGGUUUGGCUCCUAUCUGGAACGCACACCGGUCCCCAUGGCAUUGUCUGGCACAGGUACGCUGGUGGCUUCUAUUGCCUCCAAGGUGGCAUCUUCAGUGGCCGUGGUCAAAGCCGGAGGGGCGGUAUCCAGCACCAUCCUAGCUAGCUCACAGGGGCUCAACUUGUUAGCCCGGACUACACUGGGCUCUGGAGCUUCUGCACUUGGAUCUGCAUUGGGAGCACUGAAGGCUGGCACCGUUUUAUCUGGCCUCCCUGCCUCCGCCUUGGCUGUUUGCCCCAUUGGAGUCAAGACUGCUGUCGCCAUGCUUGGGGGAGCCAUGACAGUAGCUGCUGUUCCACCUGUGCUGAGUGCCGUGGGCUUCACUGGGUCAGGCAUUGCAGCCUCCUCUCUAGCAGCUAAGCUGAUGUCUGUGUCAGCCAUUGCUAAUGGGGGCGGAGUCCCAGCUGGUGGCCUGGUGGCCACUCUGCAGUCUGCUGGAGCUGCUGGACUCUCCAUGACAUCUAAGGUCCUCGUGGGCUCUACAGGGUCUGCCGUCGUGGCCAGUGUGAUGGGUGUCUAUAAGCAUUUGUACUCCUUCCUCCGAUAAUUGUACUUGGAAACCAAGGCAAGAGAGGAGGCAGACAUGGGAACAGAGGUGUCGCCACUCAACUUCUCUAAUCCGGAGAGGGAUUAAUUAGCCCCAGGGGACAAUUUACUAUCACAGAUUGCCUACGUGGAAAUAAGAAAUAAAACCAAGCGCUUGCCAA